AUGUGUCAGCGACAGUGGGUUCAAUUUUGGUGCGGCGAUUUACGCUAUGCUGAAAUCCGCUGCGACCAAAAUCCAGCCGGUCGGUCAUUCGAGAGUUGUGCCACUCGCCAGACUACAGAACAACCAAGGGAUGCGAGAGGCCCGAUGGGACAUUACGAUCCAGCCAUAUAUCGCUGUCCAGGAAGGUGCAUCGAUUGGGGAAGUAUCCCUGGUAAGACGUUUGGCAGCGUGAAGGACGUGAUAUUAGAUAAGCUCACCUGGAUUCCUUGCAAUGUGCAAUGGCAUGACGCAAAUGCCGACCAUCUAAGCAAUUUCGCUCCCAAUCUCUGUCCUGAAAGGGCUUCAAGAAAAAGAUUGUCUAUGAUUGCUGAGCGUGCUCAAAAGAAAUUGAAAGGUAGGCUUGGUGAAGUACUCUGCUUUGAAUCUCAGCUUAUCGCUGACAUCCGACCAGUGAAACCCUGA